AUGUCUUUGUUUUCCUCCUCGUCACAUCUGUCACUGGCGGCGCUCGUCGGGGAGACGGUAAUGACGCCCUCGGGUCAGGCCAACGUCAUCUACCUGGCCGUGAACGAGAGCAGUCCCGGUACCCUGCUGCUGCAGCUGUGCGAGCUGCUGGCCACAACACCACUGCAGGGUUUGGUGUUUGAGGAAGAGAGGCCGCCACCGCCGAACCGUGCCCCUCUGGCCCCGAUGCUGGAGUUCGUCUCUGCCCAGACAGGGGUUCCCAUUGUGGCUGUUGGGGGAGGAGCCAGCCUGGGACGAGAGCCACAGGAGAGCGGCUCCAUCUACCUUCAGUUCACCUGCUCCACAUUGCUUCAGCUUGAGGUCAUCUUCGAGGUGCUUGAAGAGUACGACUGGACCUCCUUCUCCGUAGUGACCACCCGCCACCAUGGCUAUGAGGACUUCCUGGCCAUGGUGGAGGGUAUGACAGAUGGUUCUUUCAUUGGUUGGGAAAGGAAGAGUGUGGUGAUUCUUAAUGUGACGGAUGACCCCGGUGGGGCACGAACCAAACGACUGCUCAAGGACAACGAAGCGCAGGUCCGUCUUCUGUACUGCUCCCUGGAAGAGGCUGAGCUUAUUUUCCGGGCAGCUUGGGCAGCGGGUCAGGCCGGGCCUAGCCACAUGUGGUUUGCUGUCGGACCGGCCCUAGCGGGGCUGGGUCUGGAGGGGCUUCCAAAGGCUUUGUUUGCCAUCCGGCCACAGGGGUGGAGGGAUGAGCCACGCAGGCGUAUUGCCAAAGGUGUUUCUGUCCUCACCCACGGGGCAAUGGCUCUGCGGAAGGACCAGGGAGCCACCAGCCGAGCACAGUACGCCGGCAACUGCCAGAGCGACGGCAACCAGACCCACCGAGUGCCAGACAGAAUCAAGUACUUCACCAAUAUAUCCAUUGGUGGGCGGGACUACUCGUUCAACAGUGAUGGCUACUUGUCCAAUCCGCUGCUUGAUGUUAUCUCCUACUCUAACGGGAGAGGCUGGGAGGAGGUUGGCUGGUGGGAGAAUGGACACCUGCGACUUCGGUAUCACCCCUGGUCUCGCUAUGGCUCCUUCUUGAAGCCCCUGGAUGACUCCCAACACCUUCGAGUGGUCACACUGGAGGAGAGGCCCUUUGUCAUAGUGGAGCCUGCUGACCCAGGCACUGGCUCCUGCAUCCGGGACUCUGUACCCUGCCGCAUGCCAGUUAACUCCAGUUUGGUGAUCGACGGCGUUAGGCCCAUGAAGCACUGCUGUAAAGGGUUCUGCAUCGACGUCCUAAAGCGCCUCGCCAAGAUUGUAGGCUUCACCUAUGACCUUUACCUGGUGACAAAUGGGAGGCAUGGGAAAAACAUUGAUGGGGAGUGGAACGGCAUGGUGGGAGAGGUGGUUUCCAACAGGGCAGACAUGGCCAUCGGCUCACUCACCAUUAAUGAAGAGAGGUCAGAGGUCGUAGAGUUUUCUGUUCCAUUUGUGGAGACUGGCAUCAGUGUCAUGGUUUCUCGCAGUAACGGCACAGUAUCACCUUCUGCGUUCCUUGAGCCCUACAGCCCGGCGGUGUGGGUGAUGAUGUUUGUGAUGUGCCUGUCGGUCGUGGCUGUCACCGUCUUCAUCUUUGAGUUCUUCAGCCCCGUGGGAUACAACCGCAGCCUGCAGAGCGCUAAGAAGUCAGGGGGGUCAAAGUUCACCAUUGGGAAGUCUGUCUGGCUGCUGUGGGCUCUGGUCUUCAAUAACUCUGUGCCUGUGGAGAAUCCCAGAGGAACCACCAGCAAGAUCAUGGUGCUGGUGUGGGCCUUUUUCGCUGUCAUCUUCCUGGCCUCCUACACUGCCAACCUGGCUGCCUUCAUGAUCCAGGAGGAGUACAUCGACACAGUCUCAGGACUGUCAGAUAAGAAGUUCCAGCAGCCGACAGAGCAGUACCCGCCGCUGCGUUUCGGCACAGUGCCAAACGGGAGCACUGAGGAGAACAUCCGCUCCAACUAUCCCAACAUGCACCAGUAUAUGAUUCGCAACAACCAGAAGGGAGUGGAAGAGGCCAUUGACAACCUGAAGACAGGAAAACUAGAUGCCUUCAUUUAUGAUGCUGCAGUUUUGAACUAUAUGGCCAGGAAGGAUGAGGGCUGCAAGGUUAUGACCAUCGGCUCUGGUAAGGUGUUUGCCACUACGGGUUACGGUAUUGCCCUGCAUAAGAAUUCCCGCUGGAAACGUCCACUGGACCUGGCUCUGCUGCAGUUGGUUGGAGAUGAUGAGAUUGAUAUGUUGGAGCGUCUCUGGUUGUCAGGGAUCUGCCACAAUGAUAAGAUUGAGGUGAUGAGCAGUAAGCUGGACAUUGACAACAUGGCAGGAGUCUUUUAUAUGUUGCUGGUGGCCAUGGGCCUCAGUCUCCUGGUGUUUGCCUGGGAGCAUCUGGUGUACUGGAAACUACGGCACUGUGUUAAACGAUCUGGAGGGAUGGACUUUCUUUUGGCUCUCAGCAGGGGGAUGUACAGUUGCUGCCAGUUUGAGGAUGAGACAACACCAGGAGGAAGCAAAAGCUCCUUGCCCCAGUACCACACCGUGACCAACAUGCCUAGCGCACCCCAACAACACCUUGUUACAGCCACAGUAAACAACACAACUGCCAUUGCCAUGGUGCAGCAGCAACAACCACAGAAGCACCACCAACAGCAACCAGGGCAGACCUAUACCACUAUGUUACCUGGGUCUCCGCCAACUGCAGGACACUCAGCAAUGGCUCUUGGUCCUUCAAAUAGCCCAUUGCUAGAAGGCCCCAUGCCAUGCUCCACUUUCUUGCCUCGCCAUGACCGCAGACUGGCUGUGGUUGAUCGCUGGAACAGGCCAAAGCCAGAAAAAGUCGUGACCACGGGCAGUGGUGCAGGAGUUGGUGUUGGGGGGAUAGCUGGGGGGAUCACUGAGCUACAGGCUCAACAGCAGUAUCAGCAGAAUCUUGGACAGCACUGGAGCCUGCAAGGAGGAGUUGCAGGUGGAGCAGGGGGAGUAGGUGACACAGGGCUAGAUGAAUAUAAGCGCUACUAUGGUCCUAUUGAUCCAGAGGGGCUAGGAUCUAACUCGGACCAACAGGCAGGGGGCUCCCAGCAGACUCCUAAAGCCAAUUCUCGAGGCCCCAAGGCCUCAGGUAUGCCAAGGCUACCUCCUAAAGGCUCCCAGCAAGGCCCAGGGCACCUUAUUGCUAAGCCACCUCCACUAAUCCCAUCUUCUCCACGAAGACCUCCCUUCUGGCGACGAGGCAGCCUAGCUCAGGCAAGAAGAAAAGGCUCAGGAGGUCCCCUGUAUGAGAACAUACUCCCUCUCGGGAGGCGAGGAGGUGGGAGAUAUGGAGCAAGUGAUGGAGGUGGAAGGAGAGGACGGCGUCCCCCUCCACCUCCUCCUCUUCCUGCCCCUCUUUCUUCUCCAACGCACACUCCUACUACUCCCUCCUCCCCAUGCCGUUUUUACUCCUCUUGUUCCAGUGCCUCGUCUUCUUCCUCCUCCUCCACAUCAUCCUCAUCUUCUUCUUCAUCUUCAGUGUCACUUUCUCGGUCGAACUCACCCUCUUCUUGCUCAAGUGACAGCUCCUACAACUCCUCGCUUAGUUUCCGAUAUCGAGCAGGUGAUCGGGAUUUUAUUGUAGAUGACGACUAUGACUCAGAUCUCCUUACAGAGGAGUCCAGCCUCCUCCUUGGGAGGAGGAAGAUUCGAUCACGCCGAAUGUCAUCACGCUCACUACCGUGCAGCCCACCACCUCCACCAAUACCACCACGCAAACCACGGCCACAGAGAGAUUACGGCAGAGAGAGGACUGGCAGCCAACUGGCCCAGUUACAGGAGUGGUGGGCAUCAUGGGGUGACAGAGAGCGUGGGAGGGGUGGGACAACAAGCCGAGGAGAAGGAGGAGUGGGUAGAGAGGAGAAGAGACACCACAAAGAGAGGGAGCGUGAGAAAAAGAGAAGGAAGAAGGGCCGAAAGAAGAAGAAGAGGGAGGAGAGGGAGAGAGAGAGGGAGCGAAAGAGGCGCAAAGCAAAGAAGAAGAGGAAGAAAGAGGAUAAGAUGAGGAAGAGAGACCGGAAGAGGUCAGAGCAGGAAGGAGGAGACCCGGAAAAAAGAGAGGAACUCAAAUCAGGAACAACGGACUACCCAUCUUACCCAGCCCUGAGACGAGAGUCCUUUCGGAAAAAAAGUGAGAGCUCAGUGAGAAGUUAUGGCUGGAACAUCCCAGGUGAAGAUGAGAGAAAGGAAAGAGAAGAGAAAGAGAGGGACGAUGGGGAAGACAGCAGAGGAAAGGAAAGACACCACCGGCGAAGAAACAGCAAGCACUAUCAUAGCUCUAGCAGCAAACCUUCUACAUCGGUCAAAUUCUGGAGGGGGGGAAACCCGUCCUCUGACGCCAUCCCAUCUGCCUUCCUGCCUUUGUUGCCUGUCUCCUCUAAAAGGAGGAAGAGUAAAAGUUCAGACAGAGAUCCUCUAGGAGUAGAAGGAGAGAGGAGGCCAUUGCUGGGACGGAAUGAAAGAGGGGAGAUACACUCCAAGGAGGGGCUGUCCUUCCAUGAGUGGGAAUCUGAAGUGGAUGACGAGGAAGAAGAUUCAGAGCGGGACAGGAGGAAAGCAGAGCAUGUGAAAAGGCGUGGAGGAGGAAGGACAAUGUCUGAUGAUGAGCGUGAACGUGAUAAGGUAGUUGGGAUAUAUUCUGAUGAUGACGGUUCUUCAGGGGAGUUUGGGAAGUUUGAGAGGUACUGGGAAGAUCAUGAAGGUAGAGCAGUGGGAGGGAUUGGAGGAGGAGGUUGGUUUUUUAGCACCUAUCCUUCCCGGGAUAAAGCCGGCAGCAUCAACAGUAGAGAUGACCUGUUCCUGGAGCGUGGAGAGAGGUGGGGAACAGCAGAGAGUGGCUGGGGAUCAGGUGGAGGCGGAGGGGGUGGUGGGGGAGGAGAGAGAAGAGAGAGAGGGUGGGGAUCCGGUUCUCACUGGCCCCCGCCUCCUCUCACGCCACCUCCUCCUCGACGAUACUGGUCAGUGGACAAGCUCCACAUACAGGAUGAGAAGAGGAGUAAGCGCAAGUCAAAGGAUAAGGGAAGAGGGCACGCUGCAUGUUCCUCCUGUCACUCCCCUAGACACCACCCACACUCCCAUUCCUCCAAAUGGGCUCGCAUAACUUCACGAAGCCAGGAAGAGCUGUACCACCACUGCCAGAGUUUUAGCGGUCCCAUGAAGCCGAAACAUGACUCCUCAUCUUCAUCCAAACCUGAUCGUUCACAGAAUCCAUCUAAAUCUGGCAGCCAGUCAAACCUCAGUGUCCAGCAGCGCACACAGAGAACAGAAAGGGAUCGAGAUCGAGGACGACAACCGUCCCCUCCUCCCACACUUAUACCUAACUUGCCUCCCCCACUCCCUGCCCUUCCAGCUCCACCCUCCUCGUCCCACUCGAUCCAUGUUCCUCCACCGACUCCUUCCUCUUCUGUGUCAUCUCCCUCUGUGGUCUCAUCAACACCAGGGGCACCCCAGGCCUCGUCUAUGGCUUCGGCAAGUGCCAAACUGCAGUACCAGAGAUUGCGCUCUGUCCCCCAGCCCCAGAGAUUUCCUCAGUCCCCUCACUUACCCCUUAAAACCAAGAGCCUUUGCUCCCGAAGGGGCUCUGCCCAUUUCUCCAGCGUGGAGAGCGAGGUCUGA